AUGCUGCCUAUCAACUCGCUCAAGCUGGGGGCUUUCCUCGGCCUGGCUGCAUUUGCGCCUGCAGUUGACGCAUCAGGGAGCGAUUGUCGAUGCUUCCCGGGUGACCAGUGCUGGCCCUCGUUGUCGACCUGGGAUGCGUUUAACCAAUCGGUCAACGGACGUCUGGUCGCCACAGUGCCUCUGGCUACUCCCUGCCAUACUCCCAACUAUAAUUCAGAGAAAUGCGAGGUGCUAAAAGAUGGCUGGUUGCUGCCCGAGGAGCACUAUAAAUCGUCCUCAUCAUUCAUGGCUCCAUUCUUCACCAACGGAACAUGUGACCCCUAUCAUCCCGUGUCAAAGCCCUGCACGCUUGGCAAUUUUGUUCGAUAUGCAGUCAACGUAUCGGAGUCCUCUCAUGUGGCCAAGACCCUCCAGUUUGCAACUGAGCACAAUAUCCGGUUUAUCAUCCGCAAUACUGGUCAUGACUAUAAUGGCAAGUCCACCGGUGCUGGUGCGCUUUCAGUUUGGACCCACCACUUGAAAGGCCUCGAAUUCAAAGACUGGAAAGACAAGUACUAUACUGGAAAGGCUCUCAAAAUGGGCGCUGGUAUUCAGGGUAUCGAGGCAUAUGAGGCUGCACAAGCACAGGGUCUGCGGAUUGUGAGUGGUGAGUGCCCGACUGUUGGUAUUGCUGGCGGGUAUAGUCAGGGCGGGGGUCACUCGGCCCUUUCGUCUAGGUACGGGCUUGGUGCAGACCAAGUCCUCGAGUGGGAAGUCAUCGAUGGUAACGGUAGAUUUCUUGUUGCAAACCGCCAGCAGAACACUGACCUCUUCUGGGCGCUGUGCGGAGGUGGCGGUGGUACCUACGGUGUCGUCUGGUCUAUGACCUCUAAAGCUCACGCAGAUGGUCAAGUCUCCGGCUUGAACCUUACCUUUACAACCUCUGGUAUUUCCGACGAUACUUUCUUCGAGGCGGUGGAGUUCUAUAACACUCGUCUGCCAUCUAUCGUGGAUGAGGGUGUGAUGAGUCUCAACUUCCUCACUAACACCUCUUUCUCCAUUUCUCCUAUGACCGGACCCGAUGUUCCACUGAAGAAACUGAAGAGCUUGAUAGAGCCAGUCCUGAAUGAGCUCAAGCGCCUUGGUAUUACCUAUACCUACCAAGCUGAGGAGUUUGGGUCUUAUCUUGAGCAGUUCAAUGCCCAGGUCCCGCUAGUUGAAGUCGGAGUUGCUCAGUAUGGAAGCUGGCUCCUUCCCCGGUCGAUCGUGACCAAUCUCAGCACAAACCGCGAACUCACCCAGUCGAUCCGUACCGUGCUUGGCCAGCAUGCUACAUUCACCACUGUUGCUAUCAAUGUGGCAAAGAAUGUCACUGGCGACGUUUACAACGCUGUGAACCCGGCAUGGCGCACUGCGAUCGCCCACGUACUGAUGUCCACCCCUUGGGAGUUCAACGAGCCAGAGCAGAUGGCUGAAAAUAGAAAAUUGAUGACCGAUCUGCUGGUUCCUAGCAUUAGCAAGCUGGCUCCUGAAUCCGGCGCGUAUCUCAAUGAGUGCGAUUUUGACCAGCCUAACUGGAAGAAGGCCUUCUACGGCAAGAACUAUAACGAUCUACUUGCCAUUAAGAGCAAGUACGAUCCCCACUCUCUUUUCUACGGGUUGACUGCUGUUGGAUCCGAUGAGUGGACUGUCUCUAACAGUGGUCGUAUGUGUCGUGUGGCUACUGCUUCUGGUGAAAACUAA